AUGUUAGCGGAUACCAACGGGCAAUCCGGCGAAACUCGCGAGCUCGAGGCCCAUCGUAGGGCUUUGCUAAUUGCUUGCGAGCAGCGAACGCCCGAGGCAAGAGUGCUGGCGCAGCUAUACUUUGACUCGAUUUACUUCCGCGAGGACCAGAUCCGGGCCCCCCAGGCUCGCACCUUUCGCUGGAUAAUCGAAGAUUUAGACGGCACGGAGAGCGAAAACGACCGAGGCUACGUACCCGAAAGGGAACCGCCAAUCCACACCAAAACAAGGCAGUACUUUCAGGCUUGGCUUGCACAGGGAGCUGGGGUUCUACACGUUUCCGGCAAAGCCGGCUCUGGCAAAUCAACGCUGAUGAAGCUGGUUUCGACCCACAAACGCACACAAGAAAAGCUGAACGAGUGGGCCGGGGACAAGAAGCUCGUGUUUGCCCGUUUCUUUGCCUGGAAGGGCGGCCAGAGCGGACUGCAGAACUCGCUCGAGGGCCUCUACCGGUCGAUCCUGUUCGAGGUUCUACGAGCCUGCCCGCGGCUGAUCCCGUCGGUCUUCCCGGACGCAAUUAGCAGUUUCCAGACGACUCCGGCAUCGACAUACCACGACAAGCCCUUUUUCAGGCCCGCCCUCCUUCAUCAAGCCCUCGAGAGGCUCAUCAGCGACAUGCCGAAGCAAGGAUACCGAUUCUGUAUCUUCAUUGACGGCCUCGACGAGUUCCAGAACAAUAGGACCUCGGGCCAAGACCACGCAGCGCUCGAAGCCCUUCUCGACCAAUGGGGAAAGAACUCGGACGUCAAGCUGCUCGUUAGCUCUCGUCCACACGCCGAGUUUACCUCUGUGUUUUCCGAGAACAAGCAGCUCACCCUCCACAAGCUCAACUACUGCGACAUCUUAGAUUACGGCCACGACGUUUUCAGGCGGCGCCUGCCCGAGACUGCCAGUCUCCGCGACUACUACCGGCUACUAUCUCGCGUCGCCAAGCUCUCCAGCGGAGUCUUUCUC